AUGGACCCCGAAGUCCUCCAAACAGUCCUCGAUCUGUCUGAGCCACCAAAAACCCAAUCUGGGUCUAUAUACGGAUUUAAGGUCAAGAUGUGGGGGAUAUACCCCGCGGUCGUGCCACAGAAAGAAGGCAAGGUUCCAGGAACAGUCUGGAGGAUAUCUACGGCGGAUCAGUUGCGGAAACUGAGUGAGUAUGAAACGGCUGCGUAUACACGGUGUUCUUGUGAAGUCUAUCUAGAUAGUGGGGAGGUCUUGGGGGAUUCGCAGACAUUUUGCUGGGGAGGAGAUCCAAAAAGCAAAGAGUUGGAGGAUGGGCAAUUUGAUCUUGUGCGAUAUCAGAGAUAUUUCAAGGAUUCUGUUGUUCGCAAGAGGGAUACUGAAUAA